ACUACUGUUUCCUUCUCCUAAAUUUAACCGUACUCUUCCGUGUAGCUCUGUCAUCGCCUGUCAGCCACAUCACCGUACCUUGCUUUCAUGUCAGCAUGUGAGAAGGCCAACGUUUUGCGUCUGCAGAUGCGCUGCCAGCAAAGUUCUUCACACGGCGCCCCGGUGCGCUCAUUGGUGCGUCCGCCAACGUGUCACCACUUUUGGUGGAUUACCCCACACUAGAUAUCUCAACCACCAGGACGCCGAGACAUCACUCGACUCUCCAGCUGCAGAAAAGGACCUCAAAUUUAAAGCCCAAGAAAACUUUUUGUGCCGUUUUUUUUCCACAGUCGAUUUGAGAGUCAAAUGGCGCAGAUGUCCUCAUGGUGCGCGUUUCUCUUUUUGGCCCAGUUGCUCUGGGAGGGUCUUUUGGUAAGCGGUAGCCCCCCGGGUUGCGCGUCCUGUGGCCCCCGGUCCUUGGGGAGGGAAGCGGAGGAGAGGCUGAUGGUGGAGAUGGCCAAGCAGCAAAUUUUGGACAAGCUGCACCUGAAAGAGAGACCCAAGAUCUCUCAGACUGUGCCCCGGGUGGCGCUGCUGACUGCGCUGCGCAAACUCCACUCAGGGCGCGUCAGACAGGAUGGCACCCUCGAACUUGACAACAAAGUGCCAUCCAAAGACCAAAGCUAUGAAAUAGUCACCUUUGCCGACAUAAAUGAAAGUGUGCGCAGGGAUGAGGCAAAUCUCAGUCUCACCUUCCAGUUCCUACGAGAACAUGGCCGCGGUAUCCAGGUUCUGCAUUCCUCCCUCUGGAUCUAUGUUCGCUCCUCUAAGUCACCCUUCCCAGUGCCAGCUCAAAUUUUCCUCAUCGCAGACAGCGGUGAGUCAAAUGAGACUUUGGUGAUAGAAAAGAUGCUGGAGGUCCAGGGAAGCAACUGGCACACCUUCCCCAUCAACCGCAUCUUGCAGGACUUCAUGGACGGUGGGCAGAAGAGACUACACUUGGAAGUGCGUUGUGACGUGGACGGGAGAAAUCUUUGCUCCCUGGAAGACGCACCCAACACCUUGUAUCAACCAUUCUUGGUAGCCCAGGUGCGUCUUCGAGACGACCCUGCCCGACACCAGGUCAGAAAACGCUCCUUGAGGUGUGGUGACGAUGUCACUAUUUGCUGCAAGAAAGACUUUUACAUCAAGUUUAAGGACAUCCAGUGGCAUGACUGGAUCAUUGCGCCUGAGGGUUACCACAUGAACUACUGCGUGGGCCAGUGCCCUCACCAUCUGGCCGGGUCUCCCGGUAUCGCCUCAUCUUUUCACGCUACAGUCUUUAGCCAGCUGAAGGUGAACGGCCUCAACACAGCUGUGUCUUCAUGUUGUGUCCCCACGGAGCGUCAGGCUCUGUCCAUGGUAUACUUCAACUCUCAGCACAGUAUCAUCAAAACUGACGUGCCUGACAUGAUUGUAGAAUCCUGUGGGUGCACAUAAGAGUUUGCACCCCAGUGUCAAUAUGUAUUUAUGCAGCAGUCCUAGUGUAUUGUAUGUGCAGUACAGAUGACUACAAACCGUUUUACCAUUGGUUCUAUAAUUUAAUGCAGUUAAAGGUAAAUACUGGCUGAUAAAUGGAGAACAUUUUCCCAGCUAGGAGUGACAAAUUAUAGAAUAGCUAUUCAAACCUAAAGGCAGGCCAGAUCCAGUGCGCCACAGCAUUUUGUGGGGCCCACGAAAGUAAAUCAUGUGCCUUGCGCACACUUUUAUUUAUUUUAAAAUGCUGUAAAUGAACUUUAAAAUUUCAAAAUAAAAUCAGUAUUCACAAUUUUCUUUUCAUUUGCUGAUUAAAUACACAAAACAGAAAUUUAUAAAUCAACAAAAAAGAGACUAGUUACUGUUUUCUGCCUUUUUUGUAUCAAAAAACACUUUUUUUAAUGCAAAAAGAGAAUAUUUACUGCAUUCUCCUAACGAACAAAAUAAUGUUUACUGUUUUCUAACCUUUUUUUUUUUUUUUUUUAUAAUAAAAAAGGUAAAUAAGUUAAAAAUACAUAUACAAUAAUAUAAAUGUGAUUAAGAGGUUCAAAAAAUAUUUGGAUAGACAAAGUAGGGUACAGAAACAUUUCCAACCUAACAGGACAUAACUAGACCUGUUAAAAAAUAUUUUGUAUAUUUAUGCAAACGGCAUGGUAUCUAUACUGUAAAAAACUGUGGAUCAGAAUCAGUUUGGGUUUGGAAAAAUCAGUAUGAGAACAACACCAAUUAUAACCACAAUUAACUCAUUGAGUAUUAUUUUUGGUAAUAGAUGAAUAGAUUGGAUAUCUAUUACCGUCAAUAGCAGCCAAUGUUUAAAAUCAGAAUGCAACAGUUUCAAUUUGAGGCUUAUUUUGUUUUUAGGGUGCACUACUGAAUACAUUUGGGGACCCCCAAAAAUGUUUAAUCAGCAUUCCACUGUACUGUUGACACAAACUGCCUUUGCAUUUAGGCAGCACGCACACCAUGUGUACCCAAGGUCAUAAAUUGGCAAACAUUGGGACACUAUUGCCUCAGUGGUCCGGUAAUGUGAAGGUCUGCAUGGUCGGUGGGUCAAAUGGGCAUGUGCUGCUGGCGCUCAUAAUCGUCAAAGUCCAAAGUUUACUGGUGUGAUGUAUAAUUAGAAACGUUCCAGAAAAACGAAGCCUGUUAAUCAUUCCACCGAGGGGAACUUGACAUCAUCCUAACUGCACAAUGAGUAAUUAACUAACUGUUUUUGCAUUUGGGGUAAAUUAAAAAUGACAUGAUCUUUUACUGCAUACACAAUCAAUAGGACAUCUGUUGCCUCCGACGCUGCACUUGAAUUGUCAUCUUUACUGUUUAAUGCAGAAAUGUUUUCUAAAUUAUUCUUAUUAUUAACGUCUCGUUGCCAUCAUACCAUUGUAUGCAUUUUAACACCCAAGACAACUGUGCUCAAAAAUUGUGUAACCAAACUGAGCAAUACGUUAAAAUAAAAUAGAAUGGAAGCCCCCAGAAAACAUACACAGUAUCAAUCUGUGGAUUUUCUAUUUUUGUUUAAACGGGUGGCUUUUGUCCUUAAUGGUGAAUUUACUGUAAUAUUAUGAAUGUAAUUGUAUUUAUCUCUCUCUCUCUCCCUCUCUCUCUCUCUCUCUCUCUCUCUCUCUCUCUCUCUCUCUCUCUCUCUCUCUAUAUAUAUAUAUAUAUAUAUAUAUAUAUAUAUAUAUA